CAAGCGGUGCAAAUAUAAAAUCGGGAAUAAGAGAUGCUGAAAAGUAAAUUGAUGUAUGAACAUAACCCAAAGAGUGAAAUCGGCACCAGAAGGUUGUUUAUUCCUUUUCUACUCUGAAGACAGCCGAAGCGAGGAUUUGGUGAAGGAAAAUAGCACAGACUGUAUCAUCUCCUUCAGUCAUGGCCCCCUCACUGGCCACAGCCUUCUCCAGGCGAUGGUGGAUGGCGAUUACUGCGGUCAUCGAGAACCUGUUGUUCUCUGCUGUUCUGCUCGGAUGGGGCUCACUGCUCAUUAUGCUAAAAUCAGAGGGCUUUUACUCCUACCUCUGCACAGAACCAGGUAACAGUACAGGGAAGAAUAUAUCUGAGAAUGAAAACAAAACGACAGAAGUCCUGAGAGGUGAGGAGGAGGAUAAUCUUCAGAUGAAUGGCUGGUCCAUCUGUAAAGAGCAAGAUGAAAUGCUGAACCUGGCCUUCACCAUCGGCUCCUUCCUCCUCAGCGCCAUAACGCUGCCCCUCGGCAUCAUCAUGGACAAAUACGGCCCACGCAAAUUAAGGCUGCUCGGCAGUGCCUCGUUUGCCCUCUCCUGCGUCAUGAUUGCAUAUGGGGCCAGUGACCCUAGAAAUCUUUCCAUCCUAAUCUUCUUCGCGCUGGCGCUGAAUGGAUUUGGAGGAAUGUGCAUGACCUUCACCUCGCUCACACUUCCCAGCAUGUUUGGUGAUCUCCGCUCCACUUUCAUCGCACUCAUGAUUGGCUCUUAUGCCUCUUCCGCCGUCACCUUCCCAGGAAUAAAGGUGAUCUAUGACCUUGGUGUUGCCUUCAUCACCAUCCUCCUGGUGUGGGCUGGCUGUGCCGGCCUGGUCUACAUCAACUGCUUCUUCAACUGGCCACUCGAGCCAUUCCCUGGACCCGAGGAUAUGGAUUACACCGUGAAGAUCAAGUUCAGCUGGCUGGGCUUUGACCAUAAGAUCACAGGGAAACAGUUCUACAGGCAGGUGACCACUGUUGGUCGGAGAUUGAGUGUUGGCCAUUCAAUGAAGAACAAUCCUCAACAGCUGGCCACCCAAGAGGGUAAUAAACUCUGCCUGUCCACCGUUGACCUGGAGGUCCAGUGCAAGUCUGAGGAGGAAUCCCAGUCCUUCAUGCAGAGCAUCUUUAGCCCCAUAUUCAUGCUCAGCCUCAUCACAAUGUGUGUGACUCAGCUCCGUCUCAUCUUCUACAUGGGGGCCAUGAAUAAUAUUCUGGAGUCACUUGCAUAUGGAGACCUAAGCAAAGUGGAGAGGAUGGAAAUGGUGAGCACGUACACAUCUAUCUUCGGGGUGCUACAGUUGCUGUGUCUCUUGACGGCCCCUGUGAUCGGUUACAUCAUGGACUGGAAGCUCAAAGAGUGUGAGGACGAAAAUGUAAAACAAGUUGCAAAGGAUCCUACUCAGCCAAAGAAACGCGACAGGCAGAUCCAGAAGAUCAUCAAUGCCACCCGUGCAUUCAUCUUCACUAAUUUGCUGCUGGUCGGCUUUGGAUUGACCUGCCUUGUGCCCAAUCUUCCUCUACAGAUUUUGUCUUUUGUGUUGCACACCAUUGUGAGAGGCUUCAUUCACUCUGCCGUUGGCGGCUUGUAUGCAGCUGUGUACCCUUCUUCUCAGUUCGGCAGUCUGACGGGAAUGCAGUCCCUUAUUAGUGCACUUUUUGCAUUGCUGCAGCAGCCUCUCUUCAUGGCCAUGAUGGGCCCGCUGGAUGGAGAUCCACUCUGGGUUAACGUGGGGUUACUGGUCUUGAGCAUGCUGGGAUUCUGCCUGCCCAGUUAUCUUCUGUGUUACGGCAGGCGGCUGCGUCGAGAGAAGCAAGAGCGCGAGGAAGACCCCAAGAUCUACGUCCAGAUCAACAACAGCGCAACCCCUGAGGCCUUUGUCUAACCGCAACGCACAAAUGACAGCAGCUAGCAUAGAGAGCAGGAUGAAGGAUGGUGGGAAAUAAAAGAAGAGAACGGAAGGUCACAAGAAUAGUGAUAAACACCUCCCUGAUUCCUCCUUCUGUCUGACACACAUACACACACACUCAUAUUUUCAGGCACAUACUGUAACACUCAGACUGGCACAAAAUGCAGCCAAAGCAACCAAGAGUCUCACAAUGUGCCACACAAAAACACAUGUUUAUGUGCAAUGGACUGAAUGGACACUGUGAAAGGCAGGUCUAGAAAAACAAAUGAUGCCUUUUACAUACUGCCUGAGAAGAAAGAAGAGCAAGCCCCUUUUUUCUCACGAUUUGAUUUCACAGCACAACGAAGCAGAAUCAGUGAAAUCUUCUUAAGUUUGAGGGAGCCUGAUGACGCUUCCUGAACAGAGUAUUACUGCAUAACUAGUGUUCAUCUAUGUUGCCAAGUUUCUUUCAAACAUUUCUGCAUUUUUGUGAACUGAUUUUAAAUCACUAUGAACACUUUACGUUGCUCUCAGCUAGCGAGAUGAGGACCCUUCACUAAGGUUUGAAUAUGACAAACUGCCUUCAAGCUGAAUAUGGGUUUUCAUUGGAAGUGGGGGAGAUACAUCAUAUGCAGUACCAGCAUGCUUUGGACAGCAUGAGCAUGAAACUGCACCUUUUCUGAACUGGGCUGAUUUUAAAGGAUAUUCGGACAUGGCACCUGAGGCUAAUGUAACCUAAACACAACUGUAGUAUGAGAAUAGUGCUAUUAUUUGCUUUGUCAUGCAGAUUCAGUACAUCUACAUGCAAGAUGAUGCAUUUUGUACAUAUCGGUACAUUCAGAAGGUGGUAUUUUGGGGAUUAGCCUCACAUUUCGAUCAAGAGACUGAUCUUCACCAGCAAUACUAUUCCACACCAAUCUUACCGUACCCUAUACCACUUAGCCAUGCAGUACUGC